GUGGCGCGCCGGGCCGACGCGGGCCGACGUACCGUACGCGCCUCCGCGGCGGUCCCGGGGCUGCUGGCCCCACCGCCGCCCUCUCGGAGGCGGGCCGGGCAGAAGACGGGCCGGGCAGACGGCGGCGGCCAUGUUUGUGGCGCGCAGCAUCGCGGCGGACCACAAGGACCUCAUCCACGAUGUGUCUUUCGACUUCCACGGGCGCCGGAUGGCCACCUGCUCCAGCGAUCAGAGCGUCAAGGUCUGGGAUAAAAGUGAAAGCGGAGAUUGGCAUUGCACUGCUAGUUGGAAGACACAUAGCGGAUCUGUGUGGCGUGUGACAUGGGCUCAUCCUGAAUUUGGACAAGUUUUGGCUUCCUGUUCUUUUGACCGAACAGCCGCUGUUUGGGAAGAAAUAGUAGGAGAAUCAAACGAUAAACUUCGAGGACAGAGUCACUGGGUGAAGAGGACAACUCUAGUGGAUAGUAGAACAUCUGUUACUGAUGUGAAAUUUGCUCCCAAACAUAUGGGUCUGAUGUUAGCAACCUGUUCAGCAGAUGGUAUAGUAAGAAUAUAUGAGGCUCCAGAUGUUAUGAAUCUCAGCCAGUGGUCUCUACAGCACGAGAUCUCAUGUAAGCUGAGCUGUAGUUGCAUUUCUUGGAACCCUUCCAGCUCUCGUGCUCACUCCCCCAUGAUCGCCGUGGGAAGUGAUGACAGCAGUCCAAAUGCCAUGGCCAAGGUUCAGAUUUUUGAAUACAAUGAAAACACCAGGAAAUAUGCAAAAGCGGAAACUCUUAUGACCGUCACAGAUCCUGUUCAUGAUAUUGCCUUUGCUCCGAAUUUGGGAAGAUCUUUCCAUAUCCUGGCAAUAGCAACCAAAGAUGUAAGAAUUUUCACAUUAAAACCUGUGAGGAAAGAACUUACUUCUUCUGGUGGUCCCACAAAAUUUGAAAUCCAUAUUGUGGCUCAGUUUGAUAAUCAUAAUUCUCAGGUCUGGAGGGUGAGCUGGAACAUUACAGGAACAGUACUAGCGUCCUCAGGAGAUGACGGCUGUGUGAGGUUGUGGAAAGCUAAUUACAUGGACAAUUGGAAGUGUACUGGUAUUUUGAAAGGUAAUGGGAGCCCAGUAAAUGGGAGUUCUCAACUGGGAAACUCAAAUCCUUCACUAAGCUCAAAUAUUCCAAAUCUUCAGAACUCACUAAAUGGAUCUUCUGCUGGCAGACUUUGUGUAGUUAAGCAUGAAGUCCCUUUGGACACAGUCGUGUGGAGGACAGCUGUAUAUAUGACAAUACUAACAUUCGCAGUUACCAUUUUGAGGUCAUGCUUCUGGUAUUUUCAUUACCCCCGAACCAACCUUUCCUCCAGAUUACAGAUUUGCGGGCAAAGUUCACGUGAGAUGGAAGAUUUCCGAGGGAUAGCAGAAGAGUCGUUUCCAAGCUUUUUAACCAAUUCCCUACUUGGUAAUAGCGAGGUUUUGGAAAAUGUCACUCUUUCAUCAAAUUUUGGCUUGCCUAUUGCUGUUUCUACACUUGCCAGGAACAGAUCCAGCACUGACAACAGUUCUGCCUCAAGGAAAAAGAGCUACAUAGAAAACCCACAUUUGUCGCUGGCUCUCAUGAAACCAAGAACAGAAGAGAAGCAAGCUAACACUACAACAUCUGUUCAGUGUCAGCGUCUUUUGGAUGAAGUUUCCCCUCUGGAACAAAUUAUCAUGCCUGAUGCUGGGAAACAUCUUGAAGACAAGGCUCCAAACAGUGAUUUCAGCCACAUCAGCUUAUUAGAAAAUGAGAAACUUUUAACACUGACAAACCUGGGAGAUACCUCUGAUGAUGAUAUUAAUGAUGAAGAAUUUUAUGAUGAUCAUCUAGAAGCAUAUUUUGAACAACUGGCUGUUCCAGGGAUGUUAUAUGAAGCAGGACAGGAGUCACCAGAAAAUGUUUUCAAGUUACCUGUAAGUGAUUUCAGUCAAGAAUGUGCAGGAGAGGCUGUUCUGGGGAAAGAGCUGCGCAAUCCGUGCACUGUGGAUGAGACACCCAGUCCUCCUUAUCGUCACAGUACAGGUGGCUUUGACCUGGCUGACUCCAGAAAACGGGAUUCAGAGUCUCCUCAUCAAAACAAGCAUUUGGCUUCAAAUUUAGAAACAGCUUUGAAUGUGGAUAGAUGCUUAAACACAGAGACUCCUUCAGUGUUCAUUCAGAAAGGUGGGAGUGUUUUAUCUUUGAAGACUAAUGGAGACGAUGGAAUUAAUUCUCCUGACACUCUGUGGUCACCAACUUGUGAAAGGAGAGCAUGUGAAUUUUAUGAGUCUGUUACAAAGCCUAAUGACCGUAAAAGUUAUUCCUUAACUUUCACAAUUGUUAAGUAUGUUAAUUGUUACACGCAUCAUUCAAUGGUUUUGGAAUUUACUUUUUUAGAAGCAGAUCUCUCACAGAACAUAGUCUACCAAAAUGAGGAUGGCAAAUGGGUCACUGACCUUGCCUACUACACAUCUUUUACUGAUCAACAAGAUUUACAGAUGUCUCCAAAUAAUGAAACGAAUGAAGACUUCAGAUCUGGUACUGAAGCAUUGGAUUUAAUUGCAAAAGAUGAAGAAGAAUUCAAUAAAGAACAUCCCUUUAUACAGGACGAAAAAAUAGAUGUUCAGAAUACUUCAGCUGCACUUGAUGCAUCCUGGGUAGCUACAGUUAAUUACCAUUUGUUGAGAAAAUCACUUGGCACGUCAGAUUUCGACAAAGACGAUGGCAGUUACCUACGUUUGUCACUAGGAGAGUUCUUCGCACAAAGAUCAGAAGCUCUUGGUUGCCUUGGUGGUGAUAGCAGUGUGAAAAGACCAUCAUUUGGUUAUUUUAUUAGAUCACCAGAGGAGAGAGAACCUUUUGCGUUACUAAAACCGGAUGUCUCAAGAAGUAAUUUGGAAAAAGAAGUGACUCAUCUUCACCAAGGUUUAUUUUCAGGAAACUUAAAUGAACAGUCCCAGGUGCAGCUCAGUCAAGGCUCACUUACACUGCAGGCUGAAGAACUACAGAGUCCUUCACAGGGGGAUGAGGAUGAUGUGACACUGACGGCCAACGAGAGCAGCACAGAGGACAUUUUCUGCAGUAAUAACAAACUUGAAGAACAUAAAAGCAUUCUAUCUGGCAGUGGAGAUUCUGUACUUAGAAUAAGCACCAUUGCUUCAGCCAUUGCCGAUGUGUCUGUGAGUACUGAUCCUGCCCAGCUGGUUGCCAUGAUGAAGGCACUUAAAAAUAAAAGAAGAGACAAGACUUUUCAGGAUGACGAUACACAAGAGGACUGUUCCACGUCUCAUUUCUUAAUUAAUGAUGUAGAAAAAAGUAACAGAUUCAAUGCAUUUGAUAUGGAGAAAUACCUUACAAAAACAGAAGUUAGUAGCUGUGAAGGUACAUGGGAGCCCUUUUCAAGAGCAGGCACGUCUGACAUUUGGGAUUUAUGUUUGCUCAAACAGCACACUGUUCAAGACAUCAGUAUGGCGAAUGUUUGUGCUGCUAAUGUGAGGCAAUCCAAAGCAGAUUCAGCAGCUGCUUUCUAUGGUGAAAAUACGGAGAGUGAGACUCAAGAGUCACUCAGAACACUCGCCUCUCCAGAUUCGGGUCUUUCGAACGUGAGCGAGAAUAGAAGCACAGUCACAGGGAGGAAGGCAUGCUCCAUUGACGAAUUACCAGAUGUGCAGACCGUUGAGAAAGCUAUCUCAGUUUCCAUUCCAACACCUGGUAGUUACUCAUCAAUAAGGAAUCCCAGAGUACCAUCCCUUUGCCUUUUAGAAAAGCAUGAGGAAAUACAAGAUAAUAGAGAACACCGAAGGAAAAAGGAGUGUGUCAGUGAGACAAGCAGCAGUGACAAGCACGUCACUUUUGAAGAAGAUCGUAUAGUCUUACCUAAAAGUGUUGAUUUGACAAUUUCCUCUCCUGAGAGUGGUGGAUCUGGCUUUGAAGACCAGGGGCGAUUCAGACUGUCUACUUCACCACUCAGUCAUUCUUCGCCUAGUGAAAUUUCUGGCAACUUAUCAGGGUAUGCUCUGGACUCUCUUAAUUUAGCUCAUCACCAGAAGCCCCACUCAGAGUGUGAGUUGUCUGAGUUGGCAUGUUCCCGUGCUGAUAUGAGCAGGCUGACUUAUGUGUCUGAACAGGAAAACACCUAUCCUGUCACAGCUGCUGCUGAAAGCUUAGAGGACCACAAGAGUGAUCUCACCAGUGAGCUGAGCACCACAAUUGUUCGAGCCAGUCCGACUCCAUCAGAGGAAGAAACUACGAAGAAGCUAAGAGACGAAGUUCUAAGUCAGACUACUGAAAAAGUAUCAUUGCCGUGUAUUAUCCAGGUUGAACCUGGUGUAGGAAAAGUGGCAGAAACUGCUUCUCCGAGUAGCGGAUUUGAAGAUGGAGAACCUAACUUUACAUCGAGUCAAGAUAUUUCUUCCAGAAGUGGGGAACACUUGGAAGCUAGUGGGGUAGAUUCAACAUCCGGCCCCAGUGAACAGAACCUGUUUGGCCAGGCUUUCCUGAACAAGCCAGGUCUGUGCCAUCGGUCUGGGCCAGUCAUACCAAGCCCCCUUGUAUUGACCCAGAAGACUGUGGGCCAGAGUCAAAGGAUAACAUCCACCGGUUUGUCGACCGCCAGCAGCGACUCUAGCAGCCAAAUUCCUAGUCUCUGUACCCCUGUAAAUCAGCCCAGUCUUGCUCCCCACAUUUCAGCUCAUACUUCUGCUGCUAAGGUGCAGAACCAGCCUCCUCUGUGCCCGGCACUCUGGACUGGACAUUCUCUGUACACAGCUCCUGUGGCCCAGCAGUAUUUGGGGCCAGUCUCUUCAUCUGGGAAUGCCGCCUUGCCUCAGCGCCAUGCAGGCGUGCCAGUCUGUGGGAUUUCAGGGUGUUCUCCUUAUCCUCUUGUUACACCAGAACAUGUGGCUUCUGGGAUGUGUUUAGGACCAAAUCUUGCCUCUGGAGUGAUGGGUCCAUCCUCUCUUUAUAACCUGUGUUCUACUGCUGUACACCAGAACCUGCUGAGUACAGCAAAGCCAUUUCCUGUGCAGCCUGUUGCUGCAAACUGUGAAACCAAACCAUGGGACUUGGGGAUGAUGUCUGGAUUUGGGAAUGCCACAGUACCCGAGGAACUGAGAUUUCCUCAUGCCUGCUGUGUAGGUAUUGCUUCACAGACCCUCCUUAGUGUCCUCAACCCAACUGACCGUUGGCUCCAAGUCAGCAUCAGAGUUCUCAGUAUCUGUGUGAAUGGCGAGAAGGUGGAUCUUUCAACACAAACAUGUUUAGUUUUCAAGAAUAAAGUUGUUAUAAGACCUCAUGCCACAGAAGAGAUAAAAAUUCUUUUUAUACCCACAAAUUCUGGAAUUUUCAGAUGUACAUUCAGUGUUGCUUCUUGGCCGUUUUCAGCAGAUGCUGACACAGUAGUGCAAGCAGAAGCUCUGGGAAGCAGAGUCACGCUCACUGCUGUUGCUGAAACCCCUGUUAUUGAGGUAGAAACAGAAAAGAAAGGUGUUCUGGAUUUUGGCGACUUGACCUAUGAAGGCUGGAAAGCUCUCCCACUCAAGUUAAUAAAUAGGACACAUGCUACUGUGCCCAUCCGACUGAUUAUUAAUGCUAACGCUUUAGCCUGGCGCUGCUUCACAUUUUCCAAAGAGCCCAUCCAUGCUUCUCUGAAAGCUACUCCUUACUCUGAUGGGAUUGCUCAGCUGGUGGCCCCAUCUGUAAUUAGUCACAUGAUGCCUGCCAAUUAUGAUGGACAGGAUCCAGAAUUUCUGAUAGUUUGGGUUAUUUUUCAUAGCCCAAAGAAACUCCUCACUUCAGAAAUUCUAGGCUCAGCAGAAGAAUUCCUGGCCAGAGUGGAUAUAGAAGUUGACAGCCCAAACCCUUUACCAGUUCUCAGAAGUGUGGAUCUCCGAGCAAGAGCAGGAAUAGCUAGGAUUCAUGCCCCCAGGGACUUACAGACUAUGCAUUUGUUGGCCGAUGUAAAUUCCUCAACAAAGCAGCCUUUGCCAUUGAAAAAUGCUGGGAAUAUUGAAGUUUAUUUAGAUAUCAAGGUCGCAGAACAAGGAAGUCAGUUCUCAGUGGAUCCAGAGAGUCUAUUUCUUAAACCUGGUGAAGAACAUGAAGUGGUAGUUUCAUUUGCACCAAAAGAUCCCAAAGCCUAUGAAGAAAGGAUCCUGAAAAUAUUUGUGCAGCCAUUAGGACCUCAGUAUGAAGUAGUGUUAAAAGGUGAAGUUAUUUCUUCCGGGAGUAAACCUCUGCCACCUGAACCUCUCUGCUCCGAUAUUCCACUGAUUCUGUCUAAUAAGCAGUUUCUGACUUGGGGAGGCAUCCCUCUCGGUAGGACACAGCUUCAGAAACUAGCUUUAAGAAACAGUUCUACAACUACAGCCCAAAACUUGCGACUGCUUAUUAAAGGACAGGACCAGGAUUGCUUUCAGAUUAAGAACACUUUUGGCUCAGAAGAGAGAUUGACCAGUAACUGUGAGAUCAGAAUUUGCCCAGGAGAGGACUGUGUAAUCUCUGUGUUAUUUGCACCUACUCGAUUAUCUUGUAUGUUGGCUAAACUAGAGAUCAAACAACUUGGAAGUCGUUCACAGCCAGGCAUUAAGUUUAUGAUACCUUUGUCUGGAUAUGGAGGAACAAGUAAUCUUAUCUUAGAAGAUGUUAAAAAAUUAUCUGACAGUUACUUGGUAACAGUGAAUGACUUAAUCCCUGGCAAAGAAAGUAAAGUAGUUUUUUCUAUUCGUAACACUGGCUCCAGAGCAGCCUUUGUUAAAGCAUUAUGUUUUAAAGAUUCUCAAAGAAAAGUUUUGCUGGAUCCUAAAGUAAUGAGGAUUUUUCCAGAUAAAUUUGUGCUUAAGGAAAGAACCCAAGAAGAUAUUACUUUAAUAUACAGCCCAUCACACAGAAAGAAUGACAGUAAACCUGCAACAGAACUGUUAACUGUGUACUUCUUUGGUGGUGACGAAAUCUCCAGACAGCUGUAUAGAAGAGCCCUGCUGCAUAAACCAGGAGUCAUAAAGCAGAUUCUUCCAGAACAUAGUGUGCUACAAAACAUCGACUUUGCUGAAACAUUUCAGGAUGAGCUGCUCACAGAUGAAGCGUGUGAUCUUCCUCAGCGGCCUAAUGACAUUCAGCUCUUUUAUGGAAGCAUGCGUAAGAUUACUCUGUCAGUCAUUGGAGAAUUCCGAGAAUUUCUUCAGCCUUCUUCCAGUGCUAUGUUGGAAUCUAAAAGUGAAUCUGGAACUUCUGGAAAACAAAGUGGCAAUGUCUCUUUGGAUGUUUUGCCAGUUAAAGGCCCUCAAGGUCCUCCUUUUCUCUCACAUAUUGCCCACUCAACUCAGGACACACCAGUCUCUGAAGAAAGUUGGGCUGUCCAUCCGGAACACUUGAUUCUGGUAGCUCCUUCUUCUUGUGAUUACCCGGGUGACAUGGCAAAAACUGGACGUUUCCAGAUUAUAAAUAACUCUGUUAGGGUACUGAAAUUUGAGCUGUACUGGCCAGCGCAUUGCCUGACAGUCACACCGCAACAUGGAUUUAUCACACCACAGAGUAAAAUACAAAUUCUUGUGAGUCCUAAUUCUUCCCUGUCCACAAAGCAGUCAAUGUUCCCAUGGACUGGUUUGAUCUAUAUACACUGUGAUAAUGGGCAGAAGAAAAUGGUAAAGGUUCAAAUUCGAGAAGAUUUGACUCAAGAACCUUUACCUCAUCUGGCCUCCAGCACGUUUGGAAUUCUUGUCCCAGGACCUGAGCCUUCCAUUAGUCAUUUGACAAAACCAGUAACAAAACCACCUUCCACAAAAGUUGCAAUUAGAAGCAAGACAGUGAUUUUUCCUCCAACAGAACCUGGUCAAGCCUCAGAGAAUUAUCUGGAACUGGAGAACUGUGGCCCCACAGAUGUGAAGUGGCACCUGUCAUCUUUUGCUCCUCCAUAUGUCAAGGGAGUUGAUGAAACUGGCGAUGUUUUUAGAGCAACCUACACAGCAUUCAGAUGCUCACCCAUUUCUGGCACACUAGAAGGCCAUGGAAUCCAAAAGGUCUCCAUCAUGUUUCUGCCCAGAGAUGGAGGGGAUUACGCCCAGUUUUGGGAUGUUGAGUGCCACCCUGCUAACGAGCCUCACAUGAAACACACAUUGAGAUUCCAGCUCUCUGGACAGAGCAUCAGAGCAGAAAACGGUCCUGAGGGCUCAUGCUCCUCCAGAGAUGCCCUUAUUAAAGUGGAUGCUGCUGUCGUGUCCCGGAGGCGUGCUGUGUCUGAGACCUCCACUCACAUACCUCGCAGGCAGCUUGACUUGAGUCACCGUGGAGUAUAUGCCCCAAAGGAUGUCUACAUGUUCCUGCCAACCAAACUCGGGGAAUCCAGGACACUGAAAGUCAAUUUGAGAAAUAAUUCUUUUUUUGCUCAUGCACUGAAGUUUUUGAGCCCUAGAGCCCCUUUCUACAUCAAACACUCAAAAUACUCCUUGAGAGCCCGACAUUACAUCCACAUCCCGGUGCACUUCAGACCAGAGUCGGUGGGCAGAUUUGAAGCUUUGCUUGUGAUCCAGACAGAUGAAGGCAAGAGUAUUGCUGUUCGUCUAAUUGGAGAAGCCCUUGGAAAAAAUUAACUAGAAUACAUUCUGUGUAAAUGAACUGUUAUAUUUUGGCAAUCUCAUUUUUCUACACCAAAGUUAUGCUGUUGUAUAUAUUUUGUAUGAUAAAUUCAAUGUAUAUAAAGUAUAAAUUUGUUUUAAGGAAUUAGACCCUAACAAAAUAUCAUGUAUCUUGCUCACAGCGUUAACAUUUACAGGGGAGAAAUUCUAUUUUUGAAUUGAUUGUGAUAUUCUGAAUAAAUACAGCAUAUGUUUUAAUGUGGUGUAUUCAGAAAUAAACUUGAGUUUUUUUUUACUGAA